GCCCCCGCAGGGCUGGGCUCAAAGCCGCCCCAAUAGGAUUCGGUGCGGGGCAGCGGCUGCGCCCCGUCCCGGCGCCGCGCUCUGCCGCGGAGGAGGCGGCGCGGCCCCGGCAGCUGCGGCGCGGGGUCCGUCGAGGGGAGGCCGAGCCUGCCAAGCUGGCGCCCAGCGGGGUCAUGGUGCCCGGCGCCCGCGGCGGCGGCGCGCUGGCGCGGGCUGUCGGGCCGGGCCUCCUGGCCCUGCUGCUCACGGUCUGCGCCCCGCUCCGGCUGCAGGCGGAGGAGCUGGGUGAUGGCUGUGGACACCUAGUGACUUAUCAGGAUAGUGGUACAAUGACAUCUAAGAAUUAUCCCGGGACCUACCCCAAUCACACUGUUUGUGAAAAGACAAUUACAGUACCAAAGGGGAAAAGACUGAUUCUGAGGUUGGGAGAUUUGGAUAUCGAAUCCCAGACCUGUGCUUCUGACUAUCUUCUCUUCACCAGCUCUUCAGAUCAAUAUGGUCCAUACUGUGGAAGUAUGACUGUUCCCAGAGAACUCCUGUUGAACACAAGUGAAGUCACCGUCCGCUUUGAGAGUGGAUCCCACAUAUCUGGCCGGGGUUUUUUGCUGACCUAUGCGAGCAGUGACCAUCCAGAUUUAAUAACGUGUUUGGAGCGAGCUAGCCAUUAUUUGAAGACAGAAUACAGCAAAUUCUGCCCAGCUGGUUGUAGAGACGUAGCAGGAGACAUUUCUGGGAAUAUGGUAGAUGGAUAUAGAGAUACCUCUUUAUUGUGCAAAGCUGCCAUCCAUGCAGGAAUAAUUGCUGAUGAACUGGGUGGCCAGAUCAGUGUGCUUCAGCGCAAAGGGAUCAGUCGAUAUGAAGGGAUUCUGGCCAAUGGUGUGCUUUCGAGGGAUGGUUCCCUGUCAGACAAGCGAUUUCUGUUUACCUCCAAUGGUUGCAGCAGAUCCUUGAGUUUGGAUCCUGACGGGCAAAUCAGAGCUUCUUCCUCAUGGCAGUCGGUCAAUGAGAGUGGAGACCAAGUUCACUGGUCUCCUGGCCAAGCCCGACUUCAGGACCAGGGCCCAUCAUGGGCUUCAGGCGACAGUAGCAGCAACCACAAACCACGAGAGUGGCUGGAGAUCGAUUUGGGGGAGAAAAAGAAAAUAACAGGAAUUAGGACCACAGGAUCUACACAGUCGAAUUUCAACUUUUAUGUUAAGAGUUUUGUGAUGAACUUCAAAAACAAUAAUUCUAAGUGGAAGACCUAUAAAGGAAUUGUGAAUAAUGAAGAAAAGGUGUUUCAGGGUAACUCUAACUUUCGGGACCCAGUGCAGAACAAUUUCAUCCCUCCUAUCGUGGCCAGAUAUGUGCGUGUUGUCCCCCAGACGUGGCACCAGAGGAUAGCCUUGAAGGUGGAGCUCAUUGGUUGCCAGAUAACACAAGGUAAUGAUUCAUUGGUGUGGCGCAAGACAAGUCAAAGCACCAGUGUUUCAAGUAAGAAAGAAGAUGAGACAAUCACAAGGCCCGUCCCCUCAGAAGAAACAUCCCCAGGAAUAAACAUUACAACGGUGGCUAUUCCAUUGGUGCUCCUUGUUGUCCUGGUGUUUGCUGGAAUGGGGAUCUUUGCAGCCUUUCGAAAGAAGAAGAAGAAAGGAAGUCCAUAUGGAUCAGCAGAGGCUCAGAAAACAGACUGUUGGAAGCAGAUUAAAUAUCCCUUUGCCAGACAUCAGUCAGCUGAGUUUACCAUCAGCUAUGAUAAUGAGAAGGAAAUGACACAAAAGUUAGAUCUCAUCACAAGUGAUAUGGCAGAUUACCAGCAGCCUCUCAUGAUUGGCACCGGGACAGUCACGAGGAAGGGCUCCACCUUCCGGCCCAUGGACACGGACACCGAGGAGUCGGGGGCGGGCACAGACGCUGGCGGCCACUAUGACUGCCCGCAGCGCGCCGGCCGCCAUGAGUACGCGCUGCCCCUGGCGCCCCCGGAGCCCGAGUACGCCACGCCCAUCGUGGAGCGGCACCUGCUGCGCGCCCACACCUUCUCCGCGCAGAGCGGCUACCGCGUCCCCGGGCCCCAGCCUGGCCACAAACACUCCCUCUCCUCGGGCGGCUUCUCCCCCGUAGCGGGUGUGGGCGCCCACGACGGAGACUAUCAAAGGCCACAGAGCAUGCAGCCUGCAGACAGCGGCUACGACCGGCCCAAAGCCGCCAGCGCCUUCGCCACCGAAAGCAGUCACCCUGACUCUCAGAAGCCCCCAACGCAUCCCAGGACAAGUGACAGCUAUUCUGCCCCCAGAGACUGCCUCACACCCCUCAACCAGACGGCCAUGACUGCCCUUUUGUGAACACAAUGUGAAAGAAGCCUGCUGUGGUACUGAGCGUCGGGCUGUCGCAAGGCACUGGAAAAAGGGAGCCUGCUGGCCUAGAGUAUGUGUGUGUGUGUGUAUGUGUGUGUGUGAGAUUCGGUAGGAUCCUAGAGACAACCUGUCAUACUGUUUACAAAAUUGUACAGCUGGUUUCGUGCUGACCCUUAGGGUGGGUCUGUUGGGUUUUGUUGGACUAGAAAAAUGAAAAUUUUCUGAUGGCUUUUUCAUUCCUCUGACUGUGAUAUUGAGCUGCUUUGGUGUUAAAGGUGUAAUCUGUACAGAGUUGUAUUUAACAAGAAUAAAAGUAACUUAAGUUUGCUCUAUCAGAUUUUAGUUCUGCACAGAGGUUAAGUGGGAAAAUGCAGCUGUUGCAAAAUGUAUAUAAAUAGUAUGUUCAUGUUUUUCAGUAUAUUAUCUGAUACUGUGUUAGCAGCAGGUCUGCUUAAACUUAAUCUUGUUGUUACUGUGAGUCAUUUCCUCUCCUUUGAUAACUAGAACUAAAAGCAUUUUUAACAUUCUUCUCCUGGAAGAAAUGAAUUACUUGAAGCAUGGAAAGCACACCAGGGUGGUUGUUUAUUUAGCAAUUAUACUGUAGAUUUAAAAACAAGCAAAGAAGGAACACCUCAGCAGCUGCCCGUUUCCUUAGUCUCCACUUCAGAGGGGGAUGCGAAGAGGUGGACCCAGCUCCCGUGACCAUGAAGGUGGCACAGGAAUUAGUGUGAAUGGCUGUGUCAGAUGUUUUCGUACCUCAGAUUAAAAAUAUUGCUGAGGUCAGAUGCCACACUUUUCAUGACUUUCUUCAGAAGUAGCACAUUUUCGUGACUUCCAUUGUCCUCUGAAAAACAAAGUUAUUUGGAACAUGUUCAUACAAAAGUGACUCUGACCAAGUCUAAAUCGAGCUUUUCUACUGACAUGAAACUGUUGGAAACUUAUCUGACUUUAUAAGAAAUGAUUUUCCCCUCAAGGAGGCGUCUGUAAUUCCAGAACAGCCCAGACCUCAGCUGUACCUCAUGUUCAGUAGUUUUUAUUUGGGUUUGUUUUGUGAGUUAAGUAUGGUGGGAUUUAACCUCUUUUGCCAAAGAGGAAAAUGUGUGUGCGUGUUUUUUAAUAGAAAAUAUGGACCAAAAAAUUUUUUCCCUAAAGAAUGUAUUAUAACUCUAUUUGUAUGGUUAUUACAUCCUGUGAAAUGUAUAUAUGUUAAAAUAAUGGGGGUGCUGGAAGGUCGUGGCAGACUAACUGCUUGUUAGUGUGGAGGGUAAAUAGUUUACUUUGUGGAGUUUACAUGGUUUUAUGUGCACACUAAUUAUAAUAAACUAUGCCAAACCAAA